UGGUGACGUUCGUGUAUGAAUUUUGAAGUCGGCAAUUCCCCUUGCUCUUCGGCUAUUGCACAAGAUUGUCCUAGAGUCGAAAACUGCUCAAGAUUUCCGAGUGAACACGGUCGCGUACCCCAGGAUUUCGAGUCGUGAAGCUUGAGAAAUCUAGCAAACGUGUUGCUCGGUCGCAACGUCCUGUAACGUGAUCUAUGGCUUCUUGGCGAAGCGGCCUUCAUCUUGUGGACGUGUACUUUUGUGCCGUUUCUUUGGUAUUCGUUGGUUACUUGGUUUCUCUAACAGAUGGCAGCUGUGGUAGAAUAAUAUUAGCAGGGAAAACUGGAGAGCUGAAAACACCAAAUUAUCCCAAAACAUAUCCAAGUUAUUCACGAUGCUCCUGGUUAAUACAAGCACCUCCAGGAUACAAGAUUAAGUUGCAAUUUUAUCAUUUUGUCCUUGAAGACUCAUAUCAGUGUAUGAGUGAUUAUGUCAAAAUUUACGAUGGAAGAAACAAUUCCGCCACACCACUUGGGAUAUACUGUGGAAGAAAAGAUCCUUUUUAUCAAGAAACAACCACAAACAAUAUGUUUAUUGAAUUCAGGUCUGAUAGAUCGUUGAAUACUGCUGGAUUUAGGGCCACAUUCCUUACUAUAGCACUGCGACCCCCUAGGGAAAUGAGUUUUAAAAGAACUUUGAGAAAUACCACACAUGCUGUCAUUGGGAAACAAGUCAGAUUUCAGUGCCAAGUGAAAGGAGGAGGUCUAGAUGUAGUGUUUUCAUGGGUUAAAGAUGGCAAGGAAUUGAGUAGUGAUGGGCUGCACUACACAAUCAAGUACAACGUUCAGACCAAGAGGUCAAUUCUGCUGUUGCCAAGAGUGUCAGCAAGUGACGCUGGAGUAUACGGCUGUUUAGUAAGCGAUGUUGACUCAGGGAAGAACAUUUCAGCAUAUGGUAGCCUUCAACUGAGAGAAGGGGCAGUAGUAAAGGUUGGACCAUCUCCAAUGGAUGUCUAUGAAGGUCAAACCAUCAUUGUGAAGUGCCUUGCUUCAGGAGAUCCACUUCCACAGAUAAGUUGGCAAGUGAAUGGAGAAGACAAGACAGAUUCAGCAAUCCAAAAGAACUUUUCUUCUGAGUUGCGCUUUAAAGCAAUGGGAGAUGCAGUUGUGAAUUGUACGGCAGAUAAUGGUUUUGGAAUAGAUUGGAAAAGUGGAAACAUUUCUGUCCUCACUUCUGUAACAUUCACUGUGGUAGUGUCUGAUAAAGAGAGUCCAACAACUUCACUGUCUAAAAAAUUAUCUCCACCGAUGAUCACUGUGCCCCCAGCUAAUACAACAGCAGAGCUUGGAGGAAAUGUCACAUUGACAUGUGCUGCCACAGGGAAUCCUAAACCAAAGAUCAGAUGGCUGGCAGAAGAUAAAUAUUAUGAGGAUCUUCCUGAAGAUGACAAAGGUGUAUCUUACUUCACAUUAACAGUCAGCAAGGAAAGGACUAAAGUUCGCUGUGAGGCACAGAAUAUUCACAACAUUGACACAAAAACUGCCUAUGUUACAGUUCCAAAUGUAAAAGCAGUUGUGGAAGCUGACUCAUCCAGUAGCUUAUUUGGUCAAAUGACGUUUAUCCUGAUAAUGGCCUUUGCUGCGCUUGCUGUUCUGGUGAUUCUGAUUGUCGGGCUUAUCUUGUACCGCCACCACAGCUUGAAAUCAAAACAUAUGUCAACCUCUGUUGACCUAGAGAAAUUGCAGAAAAACCCAAUAUAUGAAAAGCAUACAAACUACUACGUUAAUCCUGAACUACUAAGUUGGACAGUGCCAAGGAAUACAAUGGAAUUCAUCAAAGAAUUGGGGCCAGGAAAUGGAAAUUUCUCAAGCCUCUUUCUUGGAAGUAUUAGUGAAGUCGGGACACAAGAUGCACAUGAAGAAAAGAAAUUUUCACUGGUGAUGGUGAAAUUGCUGAAGGAAAAAUACAUGUUAGAGGCUGAACAAGGAAAUUUUGAGGAAGAUGCCAUUGCCCUGACCAAAUUCAGUCACCCGUAUGUGCAAAGUUUGUUUGGUGUCUGUGUGGAUGGUCUUCCUCUCUGCCUCGUGUUUGAGUUCAGUGAGCAUGACGAAUGCCUGCAACAGUUCCUAAUCGAAUCAGGACGUGGCCACUGUUCAAUCCAUCGUAGAGCUGACCUGCAUAACUCCAAACCAAAGCUGUCAAAUAUAGAUCAGAUUUCCAUGGCCAAGCAGAUAGCGAAUGGUAUGGAAUACCUAGCAGAUAAGGGCUAUGUUCACAGAGAGCUAUGUACCAAGAACUGCAUCAUUGGUAAAGGAAUGGUAGUCAAGAUAUCAAAUUUAGGAUUCUCGUGGAAAGGCCCAAAUAGUGAUUACUUCUCCUUGGAUGAAAAUGAGAGGGCUGGGUACCCUGUGAGGUGGCUCCCCCCUGAAACUCUCCAGUGUGGCGUAUUCAAAGAGGAAACUGACAUCUGGUCUUUUGGUGUUGUGUUAUGGGAGAUCUACUCCAGUGGAUUGACACCAUACUAUGGGAUGAAUGAUGACGAAGUGAUAUCUUUGGUGGAAGGGGGAGACACACUUCCUUGCCCUAAGGAAUGCCCUAAUGAAAUGUAUGAAGUCAUGCAAGGCUGCUGGAGUUCGGAACCAACAGAAAGGCCACGUUUCAACAGCAUUCACCAGCGUAUCUCAUCUCUGUUUAAUGGAGUGCCAGUGUAACUGUUAAACUGUUCAGUGAUGAGCAAGUGUAAUCCUACUGCAGCAAUCACUUCCAAGCCACAUUUGACAUUACCCUACAGGAAUUCAAUGUACAUAGUGAUCGCAGGCUAAUAAGAGCUAUAAUUGAAAUGUUAACACCCUUGGAACAAUGUGUGUAAGUACCUAUGGAGCUUGUGAAAUAGAGCUCGGUUUGCAAAUAUAGCAAAUAUUUAAUUUUGGUGGAGGGUUUUCUUUCCAUUUGCAAAAUAAGUUAAUGCCAUAGGAUGUUUUUUGGAACAGUUAUUGAUUUUGUCAUUAAGCUUCUACUUGAGGUUUCUGUAGGCUGUUGUGGGCCUUUAGUAUUUUCCCCUGUUAAAUAAGAAAUUGAUUUUAAACAUGGACAAGCAGAAUACAUGUAUGUAAUUUAAAAUCCAUAAAAUGUGAGAAAUAGUUUCUUAGCCACAAUUGUUUAGGGGUAUGAAUGAAAAAUGAUUGAAAAAGUCACAAUCCUAUACACCUACAUAUAGCUGACUUAUGUCUGCGGUUGAGAAUAUGAGGCAUAUUGAAAUCAAACAUACAAGGGAAAAUUGGAUGAUUUUAAAAUAACUUGGAGGAAAACACUACACUAUUAAAAAAA